UCUCCAGGUAUUUUUCCCUCUCUGAAUCAUUGUUCAAUCACAGCUUUUGUCAUUCCCUACGGGCUGCGAGGAGGGAGAAAAAUAAAGGCACAGACUCGCCAACGUGUGCAUAUGAGGAAUAGGGGGGCAGGCAGGAAAGAUGAGAGGCAGAAACAUGCUGUGAGCAGAGUGAGGGAGAGCAGGCAUGUACGCUAUGAGAGAGGAGCAGCGGAAGAUUGGGAGUGACAAGCUCUCGGGAAGCUACUGCUAUAUAUAUUUGGACUUUCCCAGGUUCAAACUUAAAAGAACACCAGGCAGCACCAAGAACGCUGGUAACCCUGGAGACACCGAUGCCAACACCCAGAUGAGCCUCGGAGAUCCAGCAUGGAAGUGCCACUUGCCAAAGACUUCCAAUGGCAGACACUAGCACCUCUCUCCAGCCCCCGUGUGUACUGUUCUCUUGUAGAAUCUGGAGGACAAAUCUUUGCCAUUGGAGGUUGUGAUGAUGCAGGAAACCCAAUGAAUUCCUUUGAGGUUUUUUCCCCAGAAGUCAACCACUGGACUAGCCUGGCACCCAUGCCCUCUGCCAGAGCUGGGGUCGCAGUGGUCUCAGUUGGGAAGAGAAUCAUGGUUGUUGGAGGAGUAGGGGAAAACCAGACACCCCUCAAGGUGGUAGAAGUUUACAACAUUGAUGAGGGCAAAUGGAAGAAGAAGAGCUCCCUACGGGAGCCAGCCAUGGGAAUAUCAAUCACUGUGAGAGAUUGCAGGGUGUAUGCUGCUGGAGGAAUGGGUUCAGAUUUACGACCGCAUUGUUUCCUUCAACAAUUUGACAUGCUAAAAGAUAUUUGGGUCCAUUUUGCCCCGAUGCCAACACCCCGUUACGGUGCUACCUCCUUUCUCCGAGGCACAAAUAUUUAUGUAUUGGGGGGGAGGCAGUCUAAGUAUGCAGUGAAUGCUUUUGAAGUUUUUGACAUAGAGACCCGUUCCUGGACAAAGUUCCCCAGUAUUCCCAACAAGAGGGCAUACUCGAGAUAUGUGCUCAGCGAAGGAUCACUUUUCAGUUUAGGAGGGCUACGGCAAGGGGGCACAUACCGUAGGCCGAAAUUUACAAAGACUGUGGACAUAUUUGACGUGGAGCAAGGAAGCUGGUCGAAGACAGACCAUUCCUGUUUUCUAAAGAAAAGAAGAGCUGAUUUUGUUGCAGGUGCAAUAAACGGGAGGGUUGUCGUAGCUGGAGGUCUUGGAAACCAACCAUCAGUUUUGGAAACAGCAGAGAUCUUCCAUCCCCUGAAGAACAGGUGGGAAAGCCUGAGUCCGAUGCCCACUCCACGAUGUGCUUGUGCCAGCAUUGUACUGAAGAACAGGCUGUAUGCCAUAGGAGGAGUAAACCAGGGUCCCAGUUCCACAGUAGAUAUGUUGAGCUUAGUAGAGACUUGACUGAGCUGUUUACAUGUAUGUAGUAGGUACUGUAUGCAAGAAAGUGUGUUUAUACUGAGGACAUCAAGAAUGUACAGAGCAGGGUGUGUUCAUAAUAAUAACAAACCAUGCAUCUUCUCUUGAUGGUGUGCAAAGAGCAUCAUGAUGUUGUGUACAUACACACAUAAGAGAUGGUAUUAUUGAAAGCAGAACUAGAAGAGCAUCUGUAGUGAUCAUUUCAAUAGGAAAGUUAAGGAAGAUUAUUGCAUCAUUUUGGGGAUGUUAAGUGGUGUCCAAGCACUAAUUCUAAACGGGAAGCCUUUUGCACAGUAUACUGUAGGUACAUUGCAGAGAGAACAUUAAUUUAGGUAUAUAAGCCAAUGUAUUUAAAAUAAUGGAAAUAUAAAAUUGUGACACUUGGUAUAAAGUCAUCCCUGAUAUUCCCUACUUCUAGAGUAUUAUCACACAUAUAUAAAGAUCACUUAAGCAGGUGUUAAAUGAUUUGCAGUGAUCUGAAGUGAUUGCUUGUUUAAGACAAAUCAUCGAAUGACACACAGUGGGGUUUAUUAAAUGACAAAUCACAGAUUUUCUGCAAUUUUUGUUGCAGGAAUUAAAGCAACAUGCUUGGUUUUGGGUGGCACUUGAUAUACCGUCUGUCUGGAUCCCGUCGCUCACCAUACCGAUGCCAGAAUCCCAACCGCCAGUAUACCGACAAGUAUUCUCCCCCUUGGGGUGUCCACGACACCCCUGGAGGGAGGAGCCACCGUGCCUGCAGCAUGGCGAGUGCAGCGAGUCUGCAAGGGGCUCUCUUGCGCUCACCCUGCUGCCGGCAUCCAGGCGGUUGGAUCCCGGCGCCGGUAUGCUGGUUGCCGGGGAAACAUACCACCAGGGCUGCCAUCAGAAAUUAUGGGGCCCGGGACUGACACUCACAAGACAGGGCCCCCCCACCCCACACCUACCACACACCUGUCCGUUCCCCACCACCAUCACCACCCCUUCCCUGCAUUCCCCAACUUUACCUUUUGAGUGGGCCCGGAUGGUUGUAGUCAGGAUCAGGGGGCAGGCAGCCACGGAGGGACAGAGCGCAUCUGAAGGGCAACCACGGAGGGACAGAAGCAGAGCCGUGACCCGUGGCCAUAUUCUUAAUA